AUGGUAUCAAAUUACUUUCUAAUAAAGCCCCUAGAUAAUCAAAUAUCCUGCCGUGAUAACUCCCAGCAGUCAAUAAUCGACGCUUUAAGACGACAGCAAGAGUUAUGCAAAAUAUCUCGUGCCAAGAAAGCAAAUACUAUUGAAGCGUACUUCUCACAGUCUGUGAAACCUAAGAAGAAUGUAGUUUCCGUUGAUGAUUUCUUCGGAUCAUCUGAAAAAAAAUCAAAUGCUAAGCCUUCUGCUGUCGUCAGCACACCACCUCAUUCACCCAUGGAGAUCAUCCCGGAUACACCAAUAUUAUCUCCGAAAACACCUUUGGGGAUCAAAGAAAGUCAUAAAAUCUCACCCCAAAUCAGUGCUAUCUCGGAGAGUGUGAAGACAACUAGUAAUGAAACGUCAUCCAUGGCUAAUGAGUCUCUUAAUGAUAGCACUGAUACUGCUGUAAAAGAUCGAAAGCAUUUUUGGGCUUACAAAGCUCGCGAUGGUCCUCGCAGCCUUGGGUCAAGAGAAAUUCCUAAGGGAACUCCGGAUUGUUUAAAGGGACUAAAUUUUCUCAUCACCGGAAUACUGGAGUGUAUUGAACGAGAGGACGCUGCAAAUCUUAUUCAGAAUUGUGGUGGAAAAGUCUUAAAAACUUUAGGUAAAAAGACUGAUUAUCUCGUUGUCGGACGUGAACCUGGUGCAGCCAAAAUCGAGAAGGCUAACAAUUUGAAAAUUAAGCAGAUUACAGAAGAACAUCUUUUUGAAAUGAUAGAAAAGUCCAGUAAUAUUCCUCUUGUAAAUCAUAAAUCGAGUGUAUCCAGCUCGGAAUCUUCCAAGAAAUUGGAGCCUGUAAAUGCAAACAAUAGUAAACAAAAUUUAAAAAGUCCUAAAAAAUCCCCUAAGAAGAAUCAAUCUACCAAAUCACCGGAUAAUGCUCCUGAAUCUCAUAAACAUGAAUCUCCGAAUAAAUAUGCAGGAAAAUCUGUUAUGUCCUCAUGUAAUGAACUUCCUCUGACUGCACGUCCUGUUUUAACUAAUAAUUCAACAUUCAAUAAUAAAACUGAUCGAAUUCAUAGCAGUAGUUUAUCCAAAACUCCUACUAAUGUUAUUGAUAAGCAAGAUUCCCUGUUCAAAGAGAUGGGUUCGAAGUUGUCUGAAUUAUGGGUUGACAAGUAUAAACCAACGUCAAUUCGUUCACUGAUUGGUCAAAACGGUGCACAAAGUCCAGCAAAUCGACUUUUAAAUUGGCUAUCUUCCUGGCAUUCGAAUUUUUCAGCAGGUUUAAAAGCGAAGGCUUACUCAAGUGCGCCUCCAUGGGGCCCGUCAUCUAGUGAUGAUGGGAGGUGGGCGCGCGCAGCACUUCUUUCGGGACCUCCAGGGAUCGGCAAAACAUCAACAGCUAUUUUAGUAUGCAAAGAACUCGGUUAUACUUAUUGCGAAUUUAAUGCAUCUGAUUGUCGAUCCAAGCGGUGUUUAAGUGAAGAAAUAGGACAGUCUUUGGGUUUACGAAAUUUGUCACAUAUGGCUUUUGGUCAAGCAUCAACAUUGAAUUCUGGUCAUCACGUUUUAAUUAUGGACGAAGUAGAUGGUAUGGCUGGUAAUGAAGACCGUGGAGGAAUGCAAGAACUUAUUAACAUGAUUAAAAUGACUCAAUUACCUAUUAUUUGUAUGUGUAAUGAUCGUCAGGCUAUAAAAAUACGCUCUCUGGCUAACUAUUGUCUCGAUUUAAGAUUUCAUCGUCCACGAGUUGAACAAAUCAAGUCAGCAGUAUUGUCUAUUGCUUGCAAAGAAAAUGUGAAUUUACCUCCGGAUGUAUUAACAAAUAUUAUCGAUUCUAGUAAUCAUGAUAUUAGACAGGUAAUUAAUAAUGUUCAAAUGUGGUGUAGUUCUGGUUUAAUUGAUUCGGAAGGAUUAAAAGCGGAUGCACUAGGUGCACGUAAAGAUCUACACUUAAAUGCAUUUGAUGUGAUUCGUAAAGUUUUUGCACCGGAUAUUUCUGGUUCCCAAGGCAGUGUUGCUACAUUCAAUGAAAGUUUAGAUUUAUUUUUUCAAGAUUACAAUUUAAUUCCUUUGUUUGUUGAGGAAAAUUACCUUAAUGUUAGAGUUCAUAAUACCCAUGACGAUAAAAAAAUUUUGCAACUAAUGUCUCAAGCAGCGUCUGACAUCGCCACGGCAGAUAUCAUUUCAUCUACUAUCAGAUCAUCACGUACGGGAUCGUGGUCUUUAUUACCUGUUCAAGGUGUGUUCAGUACAGUUUCACCUGGUCGUACUCUUCGUGGCUCUUUACCUGGUGGUCCAGGUGGUGUUUCAUUUCCAUCUUGGUUUGGUAAGAACAGUACACAAAGCCGUAUCAAUCGAACUACUUCGGAAUUAGCUGCACAUUUACGAUUAGCAACUCAUUGUGGUUCAUCAAAUCCGCUUACAUUAUUGCUAGAUUAUGCUACACCAAUCUCUGAACUUAUCACUCGUCCACUUAAAGAAGCUAACAAUAUUUCGUUAUUAUCAAUGGCAACUAAUUCAAAACUGCGUAUUGGUACACAUGAUGGACGAUUGCAUUCAGAUGAAAUACUUGCAUGUGCAAUGCUUAAACAUUUACCGGAAUACUCAAAUGCUGAGAUUAUACGCACGAGAGAUUCAAGUGUUUUGUCAACGUGUGAUAUCGUCGUUGAUGUUGGUGGUGUAUUCGAUGCUGAAAAUCAUUUAUACGAUCAUCAUCAAAGAGAAUUCAAUCUUACUUAUAAAGAUUUUUAUCCGAAUUGUGAUUGGGAUAUAAAAUUAAGUAGUGCAGGUCUGAUAUACGUUCAUUUCGGUCGAAAAAUACUAAGUUGUAUACUUGGUAGAGAUGAAAAUACUAUGGAUCCAUUGGUGACGGCACUUUUUGAUAAGAUGUAUAGUUCAUUUAUUGUUGAGAUAGACGCCAUCGACAAUGGUGUUCCAAUGGCAACAACACCUUUAAAGUUGUUUGAAUUUUUAAAUUGA